AUGUGCAUCCUGAAGCUGCCAGUAGCACUCAUUGUGCUCUCUGUUGCAUUACAACAUCUAAGAGCUAUACCUGUCAAAAGUCAUCAGGUGGAAAAACGGAAAUGCAACACCGCCACAUGUGCAAUGCAGAACCUGGCACAUUUUUUAGUUCGUUCCAGCAACAACUUUGGUGCCAUUCUCUCACCGACCAAUGUGGGAUCCAACACAUAUGGCAAGAGAAAUGCAGUUGAGGUUUUAAACAGAGAACCUCUGAAUUACUUACCCCUUUAA